AUGAUUUACGCCACGGAAAUCGUCCGUUUGGACGGCCUCUUCCUCGUGGCCUCCAUGGACGACCAGAACCAGGCCGACGUGCAAGAGAUGAAGCAACAAGCACGCCAGAUCCUGAAGAAACUCACACGCACCUCCGAGCCACGCGCCAGCCUUGAAGGCAAGAAACACACAAUGCACUACCUCCUCAACGACCAACUCUGCUUCAUCGCAAUAACCGAACGCGCCUACCCCAAAAAGCUCGCGCAAACCUACCUCGCCGACAUCUGCCGCGAAUUCGAGACCUCCUACCCGCGCACCGCCUACCUCGACCCCCACCUGCGGCCCUACACCUACGCCGAGUUCGACCGGUACAUCGAGCGCAGCCGCAAAACCUACCAGGACACGCGCGCAACCGACAACCUGGGCAGGCUGAACGACGAGCUGAAGGACGUGGCGCAGGUGAUGACGAAGAAUAUCGAGGAUUUGCUGUAUCGGGGGGACAGUCUGGAGAAGAUGGGGGAUAUGAGCAGUCGGUUGAGGGAGGAUAGUGCCAAGUACAAGCGGGCGGCGGUGCGGAUUAAUUGGGAAAGGAUGCUGGAGAAUUGGGGCAUUUGGGCGGCGUUGUUGUUGUUUAUGGGGGCUAUGAUUUAUGUGUGGUUCAUCAGGUGA